AUGGAUUUUGUGACUGGACUUCGUCGUUCUCAAAAAGGCUAUGAUUCUAUUUGGGUAUGCCAAAUUGUUGAUGAGAAUAUCCGUUUGCAUGGGGCUCCAGUGUCGAUUGUUGCUAUCGGGAUCCUAUAUUUACUUACAGAUUUUGACCGAGUUUGCAACAAGCUAUGGAUUAUUCAAACUUUGGAGGAUAUGUUGCGUGCUUGUGUAAUGGACUUCAAAGGCAGCUGGGAUGCUUAUAUGUCGUUGAUGGAAUUUGCUUAUAGUAAUAGCUAUCAAUCUAGCAUUGGUAUGGCACCCUACGAGGCUUUAUAUGAUCGGACGUGUAGAACUCCUAUAUGUUGGAGUGAAGUUGGGGAAAGGUGGUUGUCGAAACCAGAGUUGGUUCAAGUCACUGUCGAUAAAAUUAAAGUUGUUCUUGAUCGCUUGAAAAUUGCACAAAGUUGCCAGAAAUUUUUUGCAGAUAAACGAAGGAGGGAUCUAGAAUUCACAAUGGGUGAUUGGGUAUUUCUUCGAGUGUCACCAUGGAAAGGGGUUAUGCGGUUCAAGAAGAAAGGCAAGUUGAGUCCACGAUAUAUUGGGCCGUAUGAGAUCAUUGAGGGGAUUGGGUCUACCGCGUAUUGCUUGGCAUUGCCACCGGAGUUGAGUUGA